UACAAGUUGAGGGAUAUCGUAGUUCCUUAUUUCCUUUUUAAUUUUAUUUCCACACAAUGAGCAACAGCCAAGAGGCAAAAGAACAAAAAACACAACCAGGAUUUUGUUCCGCUACCUGUGUAGAUAGAGCUAGCCUUCAAAAAGAAAUCAUGCAACCUGAACAGAAGACUUCAGAUGUGUUCAUUACUUGCAAUCUACCUAAAAGAUUUGAUCACCCACAUUGGUUUAAUGGGUACGGGUGUCAAGUAAGCAAACAACAUCCAUUUUAUAGAACGUCUGCUAGUGUAUAUGGAUGGUAUCCACCUGGAAUCCAUUCAGUUCCAAGUGUAUUCUUCCCAGCCGGUCAGACAUUUACAAACCAUCUUGCUGCAGCUGGGAUGUACAGAAAUUAUAGUCUUAAUACUGGUAUGGAUCCUACCGGUUACUAAUAAUAAACAUUAGAAGGUGAAGGCAGCUACAUUUCGCUUAUUUAUACAUUUUCUUUAUAAAUGUAGCAAUGUUGCAAAUGUCUAUUAUAUCGAUCUAGGAAAAUUCCGCGAUGUGUAUUGCUAUAUAAAAUUGUGUGUGUGUUGAUUAAUCUAUCGAAAUUUUGUAUGUCAUUUACUCAGUACUGUGUAAUCCGUUAGGUUGUUUACAAUGAUCUGAUGUAAUGAAAUAA